UCUGCUAAAAAUCCAGCGAAAUCUAUUUUCGUUUCAGCGCUGCCUGUACAGUAAAUUGUACCGAAUCGCCCUCGGCCUAGAGUUUUCCGGCUUCGUGUAGUCUUGCACAGAAAUUCGGGACAUGUUUACCGGGAUCAGUGAAGCGUGGACAUCUGGAACUGACUGACGGAUGACCUGGAAUGGCCCUGUAUAUACCAGCUGGUCUGAGCUAGUCCUUCCAGAUAAGUCUCCAGGUACAAAGAACUGAAACACAUACUAUGGCAUCUGAUGCAGUGGAGGUUCUUUCGGAUGCUGCUGAUGACAAAGAGGGCAACAUGGACAUAGAGAUCUCCAUCAACCCUGACUAUGAUGAUCCCACUCCAGACACCAGCGAGAGUGAGCCAGAAAGAAAAAAGGAGAAAUUUGUACCGGUUCAUGAUGAAAAUUUUGAAAUCUCAGAUGAACCGCUUUUGUCCUGUGACCAGUGUGACCGACAGUUUGUCUCUGAGGAAUUCCUCCAGAAGCAUCGGGUCAAUCACCAGUUCAAGCGGUCAUUUGUAUGUCGACACUGUCACCAUGAGACCUCCUCUGAAAGAGACCUCCAGCAGCACCUGAAGACACAUCUGGGGGAGAUGCCUUUUAUGUGUGAUGUGUGUGGUAAAGGUUUCGGAAAUGUGUACCACUACCGGAGUCACUACAGGACACACACUGGAGAGAAGCCUUACAAGUGUGGAAUUUGUGGUAAGCGAUUUACAACUUCAACGGGACUUCGAUAUCAUGAAAGAACACGCAGUGGUGAGAACUGUAGCAUCAGAGUUGGAGGAAAGAGUCCAGAAGAAGGUAACAAAACAAAGGAUUGGGAUGGCGAGACAUUGAUUUAUGUACACCCACCAGCAGGAUAUGUGAAUCUGUUGAUCAAAUCGGAAAGUAAAUCCCCACAAGAUGAAGAUGACUCCACAGCCAAAUCUCGGGGUAAAAGUCCAGAGAAGAGCAAUGCAAGUACAGAUGUUUCUUCCAUGACAACGGUGGAGAAGCAACAGAUAGCUCUAUCUUACAAUGAGGGAACUGAGUGCAUGAUUUGUGGAAAGAAAUUUCAGUACCCAUCCAUUCUUAAGAGUCACAUGAGAGUUCAUAGUGCUGAAGAGAUUGAUCACACCCUGAAGAUGUUCCAGUCUUCUACUGAUGAGGACAGUUUGAAGAAGUUUGCAUCAUGGAGGCCAUAUGCUUGUAAGGAGUGUGGACAUGAAUGUUGCACUUCAGAGGAGUUGAAGACUCACAUGCUAUCACAUUCAGCAGAGAAACCUCAUUUUUGCAAAUAUUGUGGGAAGUGUUUUGGAAAGGCACACAAUUUACAUGCUCAUGUGCGCACACAUACUGGUGAGAAGCCAUUUAAAUGUUUAGAGUGUGGUAAACGUUUCACAACAUCUACUGGAUUCCGAUAUCAUAACAAAGCUCAUCACAAGGGUUCAGCCUCACAUGCUUCCAAAGAGAAGGAGACGCUAAUUGAAUCCUUUGAACCUGGUUUUCUGAAGAUUGUCAGCGUGACCUCCUUAGCUGAUGGCUCUUCUGACAUUGACCCAUCCAUUUUUGAGGACAGUGUUGAGACAGUUAAUGAGGCAGAUCUUCCUGAAACUCCAACAGAAAAAACUGAAACAUGUGAGGAUAAUACAAAUGAAAAGAAUUCAGAAGUUACAAUGAUAUUAACAGCUGAUGAUAUCACUGAAGUUGAAAAACAAAGCAGCAGUGAUGUUACUUUGGAAUGUGAAGUCUGUGGCACUAUGUUUGAAGAGGAAGCUGUAUUAGAACGCCAUAUGAAGAAACAUCGAGCUAUCAAGAAGAAGAAGGCUCGGUCAUUAGGAUCUGAAGCAUCUCCAGAAAAACAGUCAUUAAGUGUGGAGGGAUGGAACACAUCUAUUUCUCAGUCAGCAGAGGGACAAGCCCCUGUGACCAUUGAAAAUGUCACAAGUCCUUAUGUAACUGACAUAAUGGAUGAAGAUUCUGAUGAUGAAUCACCUUCUGACUCAUCAACAUUGACUUGCCCAUCUUGUGACAAGACUUUCUGUUCAGUGCCUGAAUUCGAGAUUCACUUAGAGGAACAUUCAAACAAUCUCGGACCUAUCAAAUACACAUGUAGAUUUUGUGCUAGAACCUUCUGGAGAAAGUACAACUUGAAGAUCCACAUGAAGACCCAUACAGGGGAACGUGCCUAUUCAUGUCAUUACUGCCCAAAGAGCUUCAUCACCAGCAGUAGGCUCAAGUUUCACAUGAAAAGCAAACACUCUUAUGUGAGACUGAACAAAGUGAACACAGCAGACAGUGGUAAUCUAAGGAAUAGGAUGCAGAAUUCGGAUGUAUAUAUUGAUGAUGCUUCUGAUGACAGAGAUGAUGAAGUCUGCCCCCAAGGACCAACUGAUGAUAGUGAGAAUAUAGAAAGCUCUAAUGUCACCUACUUAUAUGAUGGUGCUACUGGUGGCACUGACACACCACCUGAAGAACCAACUACUGGCCAUGUCUGUCAGUUAUGCAAAAAGGAGUUCCCCAGCGAGCAACGGAUGAUUGUGCAUAUGGAAGUUCACGCUGGUGAAAAGCCUUAUGACUGCUUGAUAUGCGGCAAAGCCAACAAAACAGGCUAUCAGUUAAAUCUGCAUAUGAGGACUCACACUGGAGAGAAGCCAUAUCAGUGUGAUGUCUGCUCAAAGCGGUUUAGGCGAUACAAUCAUUUUUUCAGCCAUAAACGAACUCACACAGGUGGAAGGCCCUUCAAGUGCAACGUCUGCCAGAAGACUUUCACAGCUAUGAAUGGACUGAAGUACCACCUGACUCAUGUACACAAGCCAGAAGAGGCAGAGAAGGAUCCAGUUCAGGUAGAAAGUGAAGAAAAGAUGAUUCAGGAGACUGUUGCCAUGGUAAAAAGACAUGAAGAGAGUAAGUUACCGCCAGAGCCUGGCAGUAAGUGUAUUGUAACAGCAAUUAAGAUAAAAACGGAACCAGGUGACCCAGAUGAUAUUCUUGCGAUGCAGACUCUAACUGAUGCAGAGCAGCGCGAUGACGGGUCAGAGACUGCGGCCCUGUGUGCUGAGAUUGCUGAACGGAUGAAGAAGAGUAACAGCCAGUCAGCUUUCAUGCUACCAUCAGGUAGGGGCAGUAUGAAGAGUGUUCCCUCAAGUAGUUCUGACAUUGAGAUGAAUGAGCCAUCCAAGGCUGCUGUACAGGACACACCUGUUAGUGAUAGCAUGUCGGGUCGAAGGAGGAACAGAAAGAGUUCUAAACCAAGCUUUUAUGGAAUUAAGGUCAAGACUGAAAACACUGAAAAGACAAAAUCUGUAGAGUCUGGUUCCAACACUGAUGAUGACUUUGCAAUUUCAUUAGACAGUGUCUGUUCUGGACAAAUUCCAGAUGAUGUUCGAGCAAUGGCAGACAGUGAGAUCUAUGACGCAUUGAAUCCUGAGAUGAACAGCUUCACAAUGGAAGAGGAACUGGGGGUGGACGACAGUUCCAGGGAUGAAAGCAUGACGUCGAAUAUAAUGAAGGACUUCAAAUUUUGUGAUUACUGCAGUAUAACUCUACCUAGUUCUGAGUAUGACAGUCACAUGGAAAAGCAUAAUGGGACGUAUUACUCAUGCAGUAUUUGUAAUUUCAAAUUUGCCACUAAGGAGACAUUGAGAAAACAUGAAAACCUUCAUCCCAAAGAGACUCCUUUUGAGUGUAUAGAAUGUGGGCUUGGUUUCAUGUAUGCAGCCGACUUGCAAGUACAUCGUCGAGUUCACAAGAGUAAGAAGAAAUAUGAGUGUUUGUAUUGUGGCAAGUUUUUUGGGAAGUCGGACAACUUAAAAUCACAUGUCCGGACACACACUGGUGAAAAACCUUAUAAAUGUGAUAUCUGUGACAAGAGAUUCACGACAUCAACUGGGCUGAGAUACCAUGAAAGAAACAGAACACCGGAAAACUGCUACAAGGGAAUGGACAACCGUUGUCGUUACAAGAACCAUUACCAACAGGCUUAUGAUAUCAUUACAAAGGCUGCCAAGGAGGGGAAGAGCCGAGAAGAUAUUGCCAUGAUGUCGAUCAAGUCACGGUCAUCAACUAAUACCUACUCUCUGGACUCCAAACAGGUUCUUGUCUUUCCCAAGACACCUGUGAUGAAGGAUAAUUAUCAGCAAAUAGCUUUGAAGAAAACGCUCAUGAAGCUUGACUCGUCAGUGCUGCCCGAUGUAGCCAAACAUGUUCUCAAUGCACCUGCAGGGAAGAAACAGAUGACUGACGAAUCUAAACAGAAAGAUGAUAUUCAACCUGAAGCUGUUUCAGUCAGGAGAGCCAGUAUUGACAGACAUGUCAAGAAAGAAAUGCAGAAACAGCAAGAAUUGGAUAGGCUGGUAAAAGAUCAAUCCGUUUUUGCUAAGAAAAAGUAUGCUCGCUGCCCGUUCUGCCCAAAGGUUUUGUCUGAUCAGUCAGGGCUCAAGAAGCAUCUCCGUAUUCACACCGGCGAGAAACCAUACAAAUGUAGGCAAUGUAGCAACUGUUUCGCUCGUUCUGACUACCUUCAAAAGCACAUGCUGACCCACAUGGAUGAGAAACUUCACAGGUGUGAUGUUUGUGACAAAUCGUACAAGUUAGCAUCAGAUCUCAACAGACACAAACUUGCUCUGCAUGGCAUCUUCAUGCCUUCCAACAUAGAGUCAUCUUAUAUUUCCUUGGUUACCUACCCUUGUGAUGUCUGCCAGUUGGAGUGGAAGUCUGAGGAAUUGCUGCGUCAACAUAUGAAAACCCAUGACCAUCAGUGCCCCAAAUGCAACAGAGCUUUCUCCAAUGAUCGCCUUUAUCAGAUUCACUGCGGGAUCUGUACAGGAGCAGAGGUAGACAACAUGGGGGAGGAACCCGAUGUCACAGUCACCUUUGAAGGUUUUGAGAUUACAUGUAGUCCACCUGGCUCUGAUAUUGAGGAUGAGGAACAAAACAUUGAAAUAGAAAAUGAAGGAGUAGACGCUAAAGAGAUGGAAGAUUUGGAUGAUACAGAUGAUGAAUCAGAUAAUGAAUCAGAUGAAGUGGAAGGUGAUGCGGUUGAUGAUGCAGGUGGUGCAGAAGUUGAUACUGAAAGUGAUUAUGAGCAGGUUAGUCGGAUGAAGUCUCAGUCCGAUGCACAGAACAAACAAAAAACAAGCCACAGCUGCACAUUCUGUGGGAAGACCUUCAGGUCCUUCUCCACCAUGAUACUGCAUCUGCUGGAACAUAAGGGACCGAAGGUAUUUCCUUGUCCAGUAUGCAGCUACACAUGCUCUUCUCUCAAAUCCCUGGAGGAGCACGAGAACGAACACAACGCUUCUAAGAACGAAUGGGCUCAAGUCAGGUGCAACCUCUGUGGCAAGUUCUUCGAGACACACGAGGUGAUGAAGUCCCACUACCCCGAACAUAUGGGUGGGGAUGUGUACAAGUGCAGCAAGUGUCACAAGAUGUUCAAGCAGUUUCCUGACCUCAACAAACACUCGAAGACCUGUAAAGAGUCUUUGGAACAUGUGAAGGCAUUUUCUUGCAGCUUCUGUAACAAGCAGUUUGACAAGCAGGAUCACAUAAAGACACAUGUUCGCAUCCACACCGGGGAAAAACCGUAUGAGUGUCAAGUGUGUGGGAAGGCAUUCGCUGCUUCUACUGGCCUGCGGCUCCAUCAGAAGCGAGGGCCACCAUACGUCUGUGCUCCGCCAUCACCUGCAAAGAAGGUCACCACCACAACCUUUGUCACAAAGCGGACAGUCAGUGACAAGCAGACUGUGCACGAAAAGCGGACAGUGAGUGCUAGCACUAGCAAAGCCACACCUGAUGAUGUUGCCGCAAUCCAGAAUGGUUAUAACGAGCCACGGAGGAGAAGCUUAAGAAACAGAACAAUCAGUGCUAGCAAGGGGAAGUAACCAGUGCUAGCAAGGGGAAGUAACCAGUGCUAGCAAGGGGAAGUAACCAGUGCUAGCAAAGGGAAGUAACCAGUACACUCUAGGGAAAGUAACCAGUGUUAGCAAGGGGAAGUAAUCAGUACACUCUAGGGGAAGUAACCAGUGUUAGCAAGGGGAAGUAACCACUACACUUUAGGGGAAGUAACCUGUGAUAGCAAGGGGUAGUAACCAGUGUUAGCAAGGGGAAGUAACCCUCAUUGACAAAGUUGACUUCUGCUGAAGAAUACAGUGUUAAUGUUUGAAAUAAAAGAAGAAUAUAGAUAGAAGUGAUGAAGUCUUAACCAUGUUACUGAUGUUCAAAUUCAGAUUUUCAAUUUCAAGAGUUUGUGUCGGAUGCGAAACACAAGUUCUAGUUCCAGAUUGUAAGGGACCCAGGUCAGUGACCUCUGAAAAUAAUAAAUGACUUUAACUGUCAGACAAAUAUAAGGGCUCUGGUCAUGUAUAAACUUAUACUUCUGGGGUUGGGGCUACAAAGCAAAGUUUAGUUUGCACCGACAUACCGGUAUGUCAGUGGUGAAAUAUAGGAGUAAUGAUCGUUUUUUAUGCUCAGAUUGGAAUAUUUAUAAACCUCACCAACUCAUUAAUUUCCCAGGUUGUCAGUCGGAGGUUUAAAGUGAACAUGGUGUCGUCUUGAACAAGUUAAACUUGCGUGUUCUUUUAUCAACAACGUUCUGCCAGGUCAGACGUAACUGUUGAUGCCACGUUUGUCUCGUAUGUGUAUGGUAACCUGAUAUUUAUAUUUAGACAUGGUGGAGAAAGCAUGGACCGGGUGUAUUCUUACACCAGUAUUAUUGUUGGAUCUAGGGGCUCUUCAGCCUGUCAUGGAAAAUCAUUUUUGCAUUCAAUAUUACCCUUAAAAAGUCAUUACAAUAAUUGUAUGUUUGAGAGAAGCUCAGUUGGUUUAAGGUGUGAGGAGUUAUCUCCCCUGAAUGAAUCCCCCCGCUCUGUCCUUUUAAUGAAUUAUUCUACUAUGGUUGAUAUACAGUGUUUUUAACAAGGUAGAAACUUAGUGAAUUCAUAUUUUGCUACUUUCUUUUCUCUAUAUGUUUGAAGUAACCAUGGUAACAGUAUAAUUCAGAGGAAAAUGCCCUUGUGAUUUUUCCAAAAAUGGAGUGCAUUAUUUCUAGCAGGGAUUACUUUUUGGUUAUGAUUGUUUGAUUUUAUGGCAUUUUAAGAACGGCAUAUGCUAUUAUUUUAUAACUAUUCUUAAACAGUGUGAAAAUUAUUAUGUUGAUUUUGUGUUUUACAUGAUCAUUUAGCAACCUUUUAUUCUGAGAUGUUAUGUUUCUUGGGUGUAAUAUUGUCAUAGAUGAACGUGUUAAGUUUCUGUUCCUGAAACAUUGAGAUAUAUUGAAAUUAUUUUUACACAUUGAGAGUUAUUGUAACAUACUAUCAAGAAAAUGCUAAGCACACAGCAAAUAUGCAAAUGUGAUAGAUUAUUUUUGUUAAUCAGUGAUCAGAAUGUUACUGGUCUAUGACUUCAAGAGGUCAGAUAGAAAGCGAGCGAGCGAGUAUGGUUUUUACGCCGCUUUUAGCAAUAUUCCAGCAAUAUCACGGCGGGGGACACCAGAAAUGGGCUUCACACAUUGUACCCAUGUCGGGAAUCAAACCCGGGUCUUCGGCGUGACGAGCGAACGCUUUAACCACGAGGCUACCCGACCGCCCCGUCAGAUAGAUAGCAUCACCAUGGUGAUAUACCUUGUUAAAAAUGAUUAUGAUGAUACAUGCCACCUGUUAUUGUAUGGAAAACUCAAGAAUAUGUGAAAGCCCAUGGCGUUCUGGACCCUGUAGACAUUAUUGCAAAACAGGAUUUCAUGGUUUUUCUGUACAUUUCUUUUUGGUAAAAAUAUCAUUAACACGUCAUCUUACCCAAACUAUGGAACCUCAUGUUCCACAUGUUGAUUAAGAAUCUCUAUUUUUGACCACUUAGUUUACAUGUAAUUCUCCAAAACAAAGGUCCGGUGGUAACAUAAAUAUAAAAAAUCAUAAAGGCUUAAAAAGAUAAAAGAAUUGGUUCUCAGGCACUGGUUUUGGAAAAUAUAGUGCUUUUUUCCGUUCAUCUAGUAUGUAACCAAAUAAACAACCUGGGAAAGGGCCUCCCUACAUAAAUGUAUUCCUUGAUGAGUAAAAUUCUGGAACACAGUGUAGGAAUAACCAUUGGACUUGGAAUAUUUAAUGAUUUUUUGUUUGUUUUUUUAAAUGGAAAUAAAAAUGAAGGAUGCGGCGAACUUUAUGAUGAUGCAGUCGGUGCCUGAGAACCAAAGCCAUUUUUUUUUAAGCCUAAAUCCAAAUUUUUAAGUGACCUUAAGAAAAUUGAUGGCCAAAUGAAAACAUAAGAGUAAUGAAAAAGUAUAUUUUAAUGAAAAUUUAAAGGAUUAAUUUUGUUUCUAUUCUGACAAAUUUGACCCACUUUGAACAGGUUGAUUUUGUUCUGAAGAUUUAAGAUGGAAGGAAUAUCUUCUCAAUAUUUAUAUCUAAUUUGGGGUCAACGGAUAUGUAAACCAGGUAAUUAGAAACUUCUGCCUCAGUUGUAACAUGUCGGUAUUACUCUGAAGAUGUUCAUGCAUAAUGUGUAUUUGAUAGUAUGGUUUGAUCGUUUUGUAACCAUGGUAACAAGUGUAAAUAUGUGUAUCAGCACACAAUCCGUCCACAACUCUGAACUGUCUGUGUUUCAAUAGUACCUGUUUGUUUUCAUACGACUCGUGUAAGCCAUGCAGCAUGUACACUAUUGUUAUUCUGGUUUAUCAUAUGAAAUUACCACUGAUGUAUUCAAUUUAUCAGAAAUGUUCUCAAUUGUACGCAAUCCACUGGGAAUACUGUAAAGCAUUAAAUCGAUUCUCUAGCCAUCCAUGCAUGCACCAUGCAUCCUACCAAUAUAAGUUGCAGCAGUUGCAACGAGGGGUACAUCUGGUUUUAUGUGUCCCGUGUUAGGUUUUAUACCACAAGCCAGAUUUUUUACAAGCUGGCGUGACAUAACAGGGUUAAUGCAGCAUUUAACAGCAGGCAAACAAUGUUGUUGGUUCAUGUCCAAGAUUCACUCAGGUCCAGGGGGUGUCAGCACUUUGAAAGCUGCAUAUUCAUAUUUUCAUCUCCUCGUCACCACCUAUAAGUAUGUUAAAUGAGGUGCUUGUGACCUAUGCCCCUGUGGCAAGCCGUGAAUGUGCAGUAUGGAACUGAUGGCGAGGCAUUCACAUUGAAGUUGGUUUCUAUCCCUUGUUAUUUUACAAAACAUCCCCAGAAAGGUUGGUCAUCAGAUUUCUGCCAUUGUUUCAAAGAAUGUCAAUCUUCUGAAAGUUUGAAAAUUUAACUGGAUAGUUUCCAGUUGUAUCUAUCUGAAGGGACAAUGCCAUGUUUCAGCAGACAGUUUUUAUGGCAACUGUCAUUCCUGUCUUGAUGCCACCAUUGUCUGCACGAUGUAUCCACUUGGAGCUCCCAUUGUUGGCAUGAUGUACUCCACUUGGAGCUCCCAUUACCUGCACGAUGUAUACACUUGGAGCUCCUAUUGUCUGCACGAUGUAUUCACUUGGACCUCCCAUUGUCUACACGAUGUAUACACUUGAAGCUCCAAUUGUCUACACGAUGUAUACACUUGAAGCUCCCAUUGUCUGCACGAUGUAUUCACUUGGAGCUCCCAUUGUCUGCGAUAUGUAUAUACUUGAAGCUCCUAUUGUCUACACGAUGUAUACACUUGAAGCUCCCAUUGUCUGCACGAUGUAUACACUUGAAGCUCCAAUUGUCUGCACGAUGUAUACACUUGAAGCUCCCAUUGUCUGCACGAUGUAUACACUUGAAGCUCCCAUUGUCUGCACGAUGUAUUCACUUGGAGCUCCCAUUGUCUGCGAUAUGUAUAUACUUGAAGCUCCUAUUGUCUACACGAUGUAUACACUUGAAGCUCCCAUUGUCUGCACGAUGUAUACACUUGAAGCUCCAAUUGUCUGCAGGAUGUAUACACUUGAAGCUCCCAUUGUCUGCACGAUGUAUACACUUGAAGCUCCCAUUGUCUACACGAUGUAUACACUUGAAGCUCCCAUUGUCUGCACGAUGUAUACACUUAUGGCUCCCAUUGUCUGCACGAUGUAUUCACUUGGAGCUCCCAUUGUCUGCACGAUGUAUUCACUUGGAGCUCCCAUUGUCUGCACGAUGUACACACUUGGAGCUCCCAUUGUCUGCACGAUGUACACACUUGGAGCUCCCAUUGUCUGCACGAUGUACACACUUGAAGCUCCCAUUGUCUGCACGAUGUAUACACUUGAAGCUCCCAUUGUUUGCACGAUGUACACACUUGGAGCUCCCAUUGUCUACAUGAUGUAUUCACUUGGAGCUCCCAUUGUCUGCACGAUGUACACACUUGGAGCUCCCAUUGUCUGCACGAUGUACACACUUGGAGCUCCCAUUGUCUGCACGAUGUACACACUUGGAGCUCCCAUUGUCUGCAAGAUGUAUUCACUUGGAGCUCCCUUUGUCUGCAGGAUGUAUUCACUUGGAGCUCCCAUUGUCUGCACAAUGUAUUCACUUGGAGCUCCCAUUGUCUGCAUGAUGUAUUCACUUGGAGCUCCCAUUGUCUGAAGGAUGUAUUCACUUGGAGCUCCCAUUGUCUGCAUGAUGUAUUCACUUGGAGCUCCCAUUGUCUGCAUGAUGUAUUCACUUGGAGCUCGCUAUGUCUGCACUAUGUACUCACUUGGAGCUCCCAUUGUUUGCACGAUGUAUUCACUUGGAGCUCCCUUUGUCUGCAGGAUGUAUUCACUUGGAGCUCCCAUUGUCUGCAUGAUGUAUUCACUUGGAGCUCCCAUUGUCUGCACGAUGUAUACACUUAGAGCUCCCAUUUUCUGCAAGAUGUAUUCACUUGGAGCUCCCUUUGUCUGCAGGAUGUAUUCACUUGGAGCUCCCAUUGUCUGCAUGAUGUAUUCUGUUUGUAAUUUUCUGUCCUUGUUGCAUUAGACUUAGUUGUUAUUCUGACAUACGAAGAACAGAUUUGAACUUUUGUUAAAUAACAGAUCUUCUAUAUUGUGAAAAUGUUUUUUUGCUGAAUAAGCAUUGACUUUACUAUAUUUGUUACAAUAUGUAUAUUGCCAAGUGGUAAGAUGUGUAAAUAUAUAUUGAUGGUAUGUAUGGUUUAUGUGUUGGUUUUUACAAGAUAAGCUUGAAGAUUGUUGUUAAAACUGCUUUGAUAUAUCUGGUUUGCUUGGACUAGAUGUGAGUAUUUCUUUGGGGCACGCUAAUAUUUUGAAGAAUGACUAAUAUAUGGAUGUCGGUGUUGGAUGGGGAUUAAAGAGACCUGAAACUGAGUUACCUCCCUUUAUAUGUGAUCACAACUUUGAGAAUUGAUGAUUAGAAAAGAUAUAUUCACUCAGAACAAUGAGUCUUCCUCAUGAUCCCAUUCAAUAUAAGAACCUGAUAUCAUAUUUUAAGAUAUCUUCUUUUUUCAACUGAAAACAAAUAUAUUGUUUUAUGACUUGUCUGUCUUGCAAGCUGCUUCUAUUACUCAAGCAGGCUUCAUACUGGUUAUGAUGUCCCUGAGAAGUCAUUGAAUUUUAGUUUCCCGGGCCUGGAAUAGUUUGGGAAAAUAGAAAAAUUUAAUAAAGUCAUAGAAAAAUCAUUGGAAAGUAAAAGUUUUAUUCAAGUAAGUUUCCUGGGGAAAUAUCAUUGACAAGAAAAUAUAUAUACCGGUACCUCAACCAUCGGGUGUUCUCAUCUUCCAGAGAUUAUUUUGUUAUUUUUAUUGGUAUAAUAUAAUGAAAAACUGUCAUAAUGCCCUUGAAAAGAAAUGGAAAAAGCUUGUCAGGCUUACAGAACCCAGUGGAACUUUCUCCCCAAACCAUGUACGUACACUGGUGCCAACAUGUCUAAACAGGUCUGUGAGUCGGGGAAGAUGUCCUUCCCAGCAAGUUUGAAUCAGGCUAAUAACAAUGUGUUUCUUGUGUGUCAGAUCAGAUAUUAUGUAGAUCCCACUGUCCAAUACCCCGUUUAGUCCCUACCCCGGUGGGGAUAACAGGUUAGAAUUGGUCCCCAUAAAUCUGUUUGUACAAGGCAACUAAAUGGUUUGGGUGGUCAGGCUUGGUGACUUGGUUGAAUGCAUGUCAACUUGCAGCAUGCAUUGGUUGUGACAUCAGAACUGGAUAAUUUUGGUAUACACAUUUUCGAAUGCCUGGGAGGAAUUGAGGGGAAAAACCCAACUUAAUCCAACUGUUUGCAGAAGGUCAAGCUACUUUGGGCCAAUGUAAGUGCUGAAUUGGGCCCAUAUCUGAAAGCUAGCAUGGCUCAUUUGGUACCAUGUAAACUUCACUCUAUAUUUUGUUUAACCCAUGUUCCACAAUGAGUAUGUUCAGUUUUUGCAAGGAAUUCAGGGUGGUUUUGCACAGUACUUAACAUAAAUAUUCAUGUUGUAUAACUGGGUAUAUGUUUAUAAGAGUAGUAUAUGUGUCCAGGAGUGUGGAAAGAUUGAUAAAAUGUUCCAUGGGAAAAUAGUCUGCGAAGAUGAUAAAUUAGUGGCAUUGUAGACAGAAUUGACUCACGAAUUUCCACUUCUUUAUUCUUUCAGUGCCAUGUUUUGGUUCAGAUGCAAGUACCUUUAUAAGCACCACGUCAAAUCGAUGUCAUUAAGAUGCAUUUGUUACUUCAGGCUAUCACUGCACUUCAAUGAAAAAAUGUUUUCUGUCUUAUACAUAAAAUUUGUGUGCAGAAUAUAGUUUCAGUCUCAGCACAAUUUUCUACUUGUUUGCAGGCAAAAAUCGACUUGUCUUAUAACUUUCAAUUCUUGAACGGAUAUGGUAUCUUUGCAGUCCUGAUACAUUUAAAAUUAUAUAAUAAACAACUCUGAUCAACCCAACUCUGUUUCUUAUAACAAGCUACACAGGCAAUGAAGUGUAACACAUAGCCGUCUAAUGAGGUUUAAAUCAUUAGGUACAAGCUAUGUGGUUUCUUAAGGUGUAGUUUAAAAAAGGACUUAUUUCUGUACAAUGAUAUUAGAAUGACAGUCCAAAUGUUCACAAAUUGAUGAACAUGAGUAUGAGGUUGGUAAACAUCAAUACAUUAUUGACACACAGGUCGAAGGAUGUGAUGGUAUAAGAUUAGGCUAUAUCUCACAUGUCAGCAGUGUUUAAUUAACUAGCAUCAGGCCAUAAUUGAUUGAUUAUUAGAGUUUCAUCUGUCUCAUUCUUUCUUUGGUGAAAUACACCAUAUGAAUGGUUCUGCCAAUGCUUCAUGUGAUUCCCAUCCAUCCAUCCCUAUUUGCAAAUGCCUUUAACAGUUUGUUUGGAAAAGUAUUUAGUUGAAAGGCGAAUAUUGAACUUUAUUAUUGCCUUGGCUGGAAUUGCCACACAUAUUUUCAUACGGAGUCCGGUUUAAUGAAAGAAUCGGAAGCUUGAACAGCAGCAUCAUCAACCACAUAACACCCUUACCCCUAACACUACAUGAAUUUGGCAAUUGGGAAAAAGCAUAAUUCAUAACAAGUUGAAAUGACGAAAAUGCAUUUUUCAAUCCAAUGACAUUGAUUAUUUUUCUGAAAAAAUUGUUCCAAAAUGUUUGAUACUGUUCCUUGUAUAGAUGUACACCUAAAAGGUAUAUGUGUGCAUCCUCUCCCGCCCAAUUGGUAUCCUCCAAAACUUUUCUUAUGUCACAUGAUGUUUGUUCUAAACAGAGCAUUGAAUGCUUUUUUCGAUGUGAUUUCUCAUUAUAAUGUUCUUUGUUAUGGUGAGAUUCUCAUUUACUCAUGCAUAUAUAUAUAUCUAUAUAUGUUUAAUUUUGUAUUUAAUGUUUACCUAUACUUGUUAUGUUAACAAGGGUUCAUGUCUUUCAUGUGGCUCUGUCAGUGAAACUGCACAUAUUUAGGCACUGUUGAGAGAGAAUAAAUGUCUAGUCUC